AUGUCUGACUCAGGGAAGAUCACAAUCUCUAUCGAUCGUGGCGGCACAUUUACUGAUGUCCACGCGAUCCAACCUGGUCGCCCCGACAUUAUCUUAAAGCUUCUCUCCGUCGAUCCUUCUCACUAUCAAGAUGCCCCGACUGAGGGCAUUCGUCAGAUUUUAGAAUUAGCCACCGGGGAGCCACAUCCUCGAGGCCAACCAUUGAAACUCGACCGCAUUGGUUGUCUACGCAUGGGCACAACCGUUGCAACUAAUGCUUUACUCGAGCGCAAGGGCGCUCGUUCAGUACUCUUCACAACCAAAGGGUUUCGGGAUCUAUUGAAAAUUGGCGACCAAUCUCGCCCGGCCAUUUUUGAUCUAUCAAUGGCUCGCCCCGGAGUACUUCCGGAAAGUGUUGUCGAAGUCAACGAACGUGUACUGUCCUGUCAUCCUUCUGCUGAUAGCGAUUGCUUUUCCGAUUGCCGGAUAGUAGAGGGAAUUACAGGCGAGAAAUUCCGUGUUGUGCAAGAACUAGACCUCGUUCAGGUGAAGACAGAGCUCCAACGACUGAAGGAACAAGGGGUUUUGUCGAUCUCUGUGGCGCUAUUGCAUUCCUACGCAUAUCCCGAGCAUGAGCGUCAAAUCGGCGAGCUCGCUCAAGAGAUGGGAUUCUCGGUUACCCUCUCUUCAAAACUUCAACCUAUGAUCAAGAUCGUACCUCGUGGCAUGUCGGCCGCCGCCGAUGCCUACCUUACACCCGUUAUCAAGACAUACAUCGACUCUAUAUCUUCUAGCUUUGAAGGUGGACUAGAGAGUCAGCAAGACUGCCGAUUCGAGUUUAUGCAAUCAGAUGGUGGACUGGUCGAUUUCCGCAAAUUUAGCGGGCUAAAAGCGAUUUUGUCCGGCCCCGCCGCUGGUGUGGUCGGCUUUGCAGCCACCAGCUGGGAUCCCACUGAGAAGACACCCGUCAUUGGUUUCGACAUGGGUGGUACUAGCACAGAUGUCUCUAGAUUUGAUGGUCACCUUGAACAUGUAUUUGCAUCCAAGGUUGCAGGCGUGAUGAUCCAGUCCCCUCAGCUUGAUAUCAACACUGUUGCUGCUGGUGGUGGCUCCAUUCUCACCUGGCGCAAUGGCUUGUUCUAUGUCGGGCCUGAGUCUGCAAGUGCUCAUCCUGGCCCAGCAUGCUACCGAAAGGGAGGCCCUCUCACCGUGACAGACGCCAAUUUGUUCCUAGGCCGUCUUCUACCGGAGUACUUCCCGAAGAUUUUCGGCCCGAAUGAGAACGAAGCUCUGGACACAGAGACGACUGCACUCAACAUUGAACGCCGACAGCAAGGCCAGUCCGAGUUUUCCCCAGAGGAGGUUGCCCUUGGUUUCCUUAAUGUCGCAGAUGAGUCUAUGUCACGACCAAUCCGUAACCUCACAGAAGCUCGUGGCUUUGAGACCGCAUCUCACCAUUUGGCAUGCUUUGGAGGUGCUGGUGGCCAGCAUGCAUGCUCAGUGGCCAAAACACUCGGAAUCUCCCGCAUCAUCAUUCACAAGUAUUCUUCCGUUCUGUCAGCGUACGGUCUUGCUUUAGCAGAGGUUGUCAAGGAGUCUCAGGAGCCUGUUUCAUCCACCUAUCUAUCUUCACAAUCUGCUCUUGUUCAACACCUCGAUGACUUAGCAGCAUCAGCAACCAAAGAUAUGGAAUCCCAAGGCUUCCCUUCCACUCAAGUGCGCCACGAGCAAUACUUGAACAUGCGCUACGAAGGUUCCGACACCAGUCUGAUGAUCCUGAAGCCCGAGAACUCCGCAGAUUUCCUGGAGGAAUUCCGUAUUCGCCAUCGUCGCGAAUUCAACUUCAACUCGGACCGACCUGUUCUUGUUGAUGACGUCCGAGUGCGAACUAUCGCUUCGUCCAAGGUUCGGACCGAGCAAAGUCCUUUGGUUCAACUGAAGGAAGCCAAUAUGCGGGAUGUUGCGACGGCUCCAAACAACACUACUUCAGCCUACUUCGGUCAGUCGAGCCGGAUUGACACACCAGUUUACCUUCUAGGCGAAUUGGAGAAAAAUUCCCGCAUUUAUGGCCCGGCUGUCAUCAUUGAUCAAACUCAAACAAUUGUCGUGGCUCCCAACGCAGUGGCGAACCUGCUCGACACCUGCAUUGUCAUCGAUCUCAAUGACGAACCAACUUCUUCCGGAAGCGCCCUGUCAUCGGAAAUUGACCCUAUCAGACUUACUAUCUUUGGACAUCGCUUCAUGUCCAUCGCUGAGCAGAUGGGCCGUACGCUACAGAAGACUUCCGUUUCAACCAACAUCAAGGAACGGCUGGAUUUCUCUUGCGCUCUAUUCUCCCCCGAUGGAGGCUUGGUGGCCAAUGCACCCCAUGUUCCGGUUCAUCUUGGAUCGAUGCAAUUUGCUGUCCGUUAUCAGCAUGAGAAGUGGCUAGGCAACUUGAAGGAUGGUGAUGUUCUGGUGGCCAAUCACCCCAGCUGCGGAGGCACCCAUCUGCCCGAUAUUACAGUCAUUACACCGGUCUUUGACCGACCUGGUGGCUCCGAGAUCAUGUUUUACGUGGCUUCUCGUGGUCAUCACGCUGAUAUUGGUGGUAUCUUACCUGGGUCAAUGCCUCCUAAAUCCACCGAGUUGUGGCAAGAAGGCGCCGCCAUCGAAGGUGAUAAGAUUGUCAGUGAUGGUGUUUUGGAUGAGGCACGUUUGAUCGAGUUGCUGGUAACGAAGCCCUCGCAAUACCCCGGCUGUGCUGGGGCACGCUGCCUCAGCGACAACUUGUCCGAUCUGAAGGCACAGAUUGCCGCCAACACUCGCGGAAUCAGCUUGAUCCAGGCUCUGUUCAACGAAUAUGGAACCAAGACCGUGCAAAAGUACAUGUACGCCAUCCAGGCAACCGCCGAGUCUGCUGUGCGCAAUCUUCUUAAGGAGCUAUAUAAGAAGUUCAAUGGCCAGCCAUUGGAGUCGGUCGAUUACAUGGAUGAUGGAACUCCCAUUCGAUUGAAGGUCACCAUCGAUGGUACCGAUGGAUCCGCUGUCUUUGAUUUCGAGGGCACAGGCCCUGAGGUGUAUGGAAGCUGGAACGCCCCCAUUGCUAUUACUCACUCAGCCAUCAUCUACUGUCUGCGCUGCAUGAUUAAUGCAGAUGUGCCACUGAACCAGGGAUGUCUAGCGCCAAUUGACAUUCGCGUCCCUUCCUCCAGCAUUUUGUCGCCAAGCAAGACUGCUGCUGUUGUUGGCGGUAAUGUUGUGACCUCACAGCGCAUCACUGACGUCGUGUUCAAAGCCUUCCAGGCUUGUGCCGCGUCUCAGGGCUGCUGUAACAACCUGACCUUCGGCACAGAUGCCCAGCUUGAUCCGUCGACCGGUGCUGUGAUCAAGCCUGGAUUUGGAUAUUAUGAGACUAUCGCUGGUGGAAGUGGUGCUGGUCCCACUUGGAAGGGCGAGUCUGGUAUACAUGUUCACAUGACCAACACGCGGAUCACCGAUCCUGAAAUCCUGGAAAAGCGCUAUCCGACGAUGCUCCGCCAGUUCACCCUUCGCGAGGGCUCUGGCGGCCAGGGCAAGAACCCUGGUGGCGAGGGAGUGAUUCGUGACAUCGAAUUCCUUUCACCAAUUCAAUGUUCGAUUCUUUCUGAGCGCCGUGUCCAUCGACCUUACGGACUCGAAGGUGGCCAGGACGCACAGACUGGAUUCAACCUGUGGAUCACACGGGAUCCGGACACUGGCAAAGAGCGCCGUGUCAACAUCGGCGGUAAAAACACUGUCUCAAUGAAGACACAUGACCGGGUUGUGAUCAACACUCCCGGCGGUGGUGGCUGGGGUGCUUUAUGA